GGUCGGGCCCGGCCCGGCCCGGCCCCGGCGCCUCAUUGUGCUUCGCCUCACGCCGGCCCAAGAUGGCGGCGGCGCCGGAGAGCCCCGCGAGCCGCUAACGACAAUAGAGGGAGGCUGAGGGGAGCGGGCGCCCCCGCCGGCACCGGCCUCCCCUCCCCGCCUCUCCCCCCUCCCGCCCCCCGCAGCCGCCGCCGCCGCCGCACCUCGCACACGCCCCCCGGCCGGGCCCGGCCGCCACACCCCACCCCGGCCGGCCCCUCUAGCAUGGUGCGGGGCCGCCGCCGCCUCCUCCUCCGGCUGCCGACAUGGGCGAGAGGCUGGAGCUCCGGCUGAAGUCGCCCGUGGGAGCCGAGCCCGCUGUCUACCCCUGGCCGCUGCCCGUCUACGACAAACACCAUGAUGCUGCUCACGAAAUUAUUGAGACAAUUCGGUGGGUCUGUGAAGAAAUCCCAGAUCUCAAGCUUGCUAUGGAAAACUACGUUUUAAUUGACUAUGAUACAAAAAGCUUUGAAAGCAUGCAGAGGCUUUGUGACAAGUACAACCGAGCCAUUGACAGCAUUCAUCAGUUGUGGAAGGGAACCACCCAACCGAUGAAGCUGAACACUCGUCCCUCCAACGGGCUCCUCCGGCACAUCCUGCAGCAAGUGUAUAACCACUCGGUGACCGAUCCAGAGAAACUCAACAACUACGAGCCCUUUUCCCCAGAGGUUUACGGAGAAACGUCCUUUGACUUAGUGGCCCAAAUGAUAGAUGAAAUUAAAAUGACAGAGGAUGAUUUGUUUGUUGACUUGGGCAGUGGUGUGGGUCAGGUGGUGCUUCAAGUGGCUGCAGCCACAAACUGCAAACAUCACUAUGGUGUGGAGAAAGCUGAUAUUCCAGCCAAAUAUGCUGAGACGAUGGACAGAGAGUUCAGAAAGUGGAUGAAAUGGUAUGGGAAAAAACAUGCAGAAUACACACUGGAAAGAGGUGACUUCCUCUCGGAAGAAUGGCGAGAGAGAAUUGCAAACACAAGUGUUAUUUUUGUGAAUAAUUUUGCCUUUGGUCCUGAGGUGGAUCAUCAACUGAAGGAGCGAUUUGCGAACAUGAAGGAAGGUGGGAGAAUUGUGUCCUCAAAACCUUUUGCACCUCUAAAUUUUCGAAUUAACAGUCGAAACUUGAGUGACAUUGGCACUAUAAUGAGAGUUGUGGAGCUAUCACCACUGAAAGGGUCUGUGUCGUGGACCGGGAAACCAGUUUCUUACUACCUGCAUACUAUUGACCGAACCAUACUUGAAAACUAUUUUUCUAGUCUCAAAAAUCCAAAACUCAGGGAGGAACAAGAGGCAGCUAGACGUCGUCAACAAAGAGAAAAUAAGAGCAACACAACUACUCCAACGAAGGUUCAAGAAAACAAGGAUUCUGGUGCUGAAGAAGAAAAGGCUGGGGCAAAUUCUGUUAAAAAGCCAUCUCCCUCCAAAGCACGGAAGAAGAAGUUAAGUAAAAAAGGAAGGAAAAUGGCAGGCAGGAAACGAGGACGUCCCAAGAAAAUGAACACUGCAAAUACAGAGCGCAAGACCAAGAAGAACCAAACUGCACUAGAACUUCUGCAUGCUCAAACUGUUUCACAGACAUCUUCAUCCUCUCCUCAGGAUGCAUACAAGUCACCUCAUAGUCCAUAUUACCAACUACCUCCUAAAGUGCAACGGCAUUCAUCUAACCAGCUACUGGUGACACCUACCCCACCCGCACUACAGAAGCUGCUAGACUCUUUUAAGAUCCAGUACAUGCAGUUCAUGGCAUACAUGAAAACUCCUCAGUAUAAAGCAAGUCUGCAACAGUUACUGGAGCAGGAAAAGGAAAAGAAUGCUCAGCUACUGGGGACAGCACAGCAGUUAUUCACCCACUGCCAGGCACAGAAAGAGGAAAUCAAACGGCUUUUUCAGCAGAAACUUGAUGAGUUGGGAGUUAAAGCUCUGACAUACAACGACCUGAUUCAGGCUCAGAAGGAAAUCUCUGCUCACAAUCAGCAGCUGAAAGAACAGACGAAACAGCUGGAGAAGGACAACAGCGAACUCAGGAACCAGAGCUUACAGCUGCUUAAGGCACGGUGUGAAGAACUGAAGCUGGACUGGUCAACAUUGUCACUGGAGAACUUGCUGAAAGAGAAGCAGGCAUUGAAGAAUCAGAUUUCUGAGAAACAAAAGCACUGUUUGGAAUUGCAGAUCAGCAUUGUGGAACUUGAGAAAAGUCAAAGACAGCAGGAGCUCAUGCAGCUGAAAUCGUACACGCCGUCUGAUGAGUCACUGUCAGUACAGCUACGCAAUAAAACCCAUUUGAGCCGCGAUCCUGAGCCUGAUCACGGCAGGUUCCAACUGGAGCUUGAAUGCUCUAAGUUUCCUAUGCCCCACAUCAAUGGCAUGAGCCCCGAACUGUCCAUGAAUGGCCAUGCUACUCCCUACGAAAUCCAUAACACUUUUAGCAGACCCUCUUCCAAGCAGAACACCCCGCAGUACACGACCUCUCACCUGGACCAAGAAAUAGUUCCGUGUACCCCAAACCACAGCAGCAGACAGAAGGCAGACAAGAUGACGAGCUUGUCCUUACCUGAUUACACCAGGUUUUCCCCAGCUAAAAUAGCACUGAGGAGACACUUGAAUCAAGACCAUGCAGUCAAUGGAAAAGCAACAACUAAUGAGAUACAGAGAGCUGACCAUGUCAAAGAGAAUGGCCUUACAUAUCCAAGCCCUGGUAUUUCAAAUGGCAUAAAGCUGAGUCCUCAGGAAACUCGGCCCUCUUCCCCAGCGGCCUUACCAGUUGCAAGCGAGAAGGUUUUGAGAGAGAGAACCUCUGUGAGUAAUGGAGAAACUAUCACCAGCCUACCUAUCAGUAUUCCUCUCAGCACAGUGCAGCCCAAUAAACUCCCUGUUAGUAUCCCUCUGGCCAGCGUAGUCCUACCUAGCCGUGUUGAGAAGGUGAGAAGCACACCUAGCCCAGUUCAUCAGAGUAGAGACUCGUCGACACUUGAAAAGCAGUUUGGUGCUAGUUCUCAUAAUGGCGUAAGCAAUGCUGCUGGAAACAAGCCACUGGCUUUGGCUACCUCAGGUUUUUCUUACUCUUCUGGCUCCGUGGCAGUCAAUGGAAAUCUUACAAACAGUCCAGCCCAUCUUAACCAUAGUGUUGAUCAGGCAGCUCUGGACGACUCUGGGAGUCUCUUUAACUCAGUAGGGUCUCGGAGUUCCACUCCACAACAUCCUUUGCUAAUGAUGCAGUCAAGGAACUCUGGGCAAAACUCCCCUGCUCACCAGCACUCAACAAGCCCCAGGUUAAAUGGCACCUCCCAGAGCCUGGUAGGGGUAUUGCAAUAUGCAGAUGCUCAGAAGAUGUUUGCCGAAGGAACAAAGGGGGAUCUUCAGUCUGAUGCAGCGUUUUCAGAUCCUGAGAACGAGGCCAAGAGAAGAAUCAUCUUUACAAUCUCUCCUAAUACAGGACAUGUAAAACAAUCCCCUUCCAACAAGCACAGUCCGCUGCCCACGAGCGCUCGGCUGGACUGUGGCCAAGCACACGCGCAGGAUGGGAAGAAGCGAGGCCGGCGGAAGAGAUCCUCCACCGGGAAUCUCAGCGGGAACUCCGGGGUCUCCCCUAAACGCAAAUCCUUACCUACUGUGUCUGGACUCUUUACGCAACCGUCAGGUUCACCGCUCAAUAUCAACUCCAUGGUCAAUAACAUUAACCAGCCUUUAGAAAUAACAGCCAUUUCCUCUCCUGAAAACUCCCUGAAGAACUCUCCUGUUCCUUACCAGGACAAUGACCAGCCCCCGGUGCUGAAAAAGGAAAAGCCCCUCAUUCAGACCAACGGCGUUCAUUACUCUCCUCUAACGUCAGACGAAGAGCAGGGAUCUGAAGACGAGCACAAUAGCAGCAGAAUUGAAAGGAAAAUUGCAACCAUAUCAUUGGAAAGCAAAUCUCCACAGAAGACUGUUGAAAAUGGCGGCAGCUUAUCUGGGAGGAAACAAGCACAAAGCAACGAGAACAUGAACAGCAGUAAAUGGAAAUCUACUUUUUCACCAAUAUCUGACAUCAACCUGACCAAAACUACAGAUAGUCCCUUGCAGUCGGUUUCAUCUCUGAGCCAGAACUCGCUGUUUGCCUUCAGGCCGUCCUCCGAGGAUGGCCUUGCCAUGGACGCCAAGAUCACCGCACACGCGAGGAAGAGCAUCGCCGUGCCCUCGGCUGGGGCAGACGGGCUCAGCCCCGGUACAAACUCCACUAACGGCUUCACAUACAAUGGUGGACUGUCAACAGACAUUGGUUUACACAGCUUUAUCGAUGGUGCUUCUCUUCCGCAUAAAGCUUCAGACGUGACGACUUCCAAUUCCUCCCUGGGUUUCCAGUCGCAGCGAAGCAAAGAUGUGGGGGUAUCGGAAACGAAUCCUUUUUUGAACAAGAGGCAACUCGAAGGCCUCAGCGGCACGAAAGGAGAAGACUUAAAUCGGUCGGGGGUCAAAGGCAAAGAGCUCGGCGAAAUAAGCAUUCGUGCUGGGGGUUCUUCGGAAAAAAACUCUUUGCAGCAUAACGGAAAGGUCGGCAAAGGAAGGGACCGAGAUGUGGAGUUUAAAAAUGGCCACAACCUUUUCAUUUCUGCUGCUGUUUCGUCUGGUGGCCUUCUGAAUGGUAAAAGCCUUUCUACUGCUGUUUCUUCAGCAGGCAACCCAGCAUCUUCUGUUCAGGCGCACCAUCCUUUCCUAAACACUUUGACCACUGGAUCGCAGUUUCCCCUCGGCCCCAUGGCCUUGCAAGCAAACCUCAACUCGGUGACAAAUUCCUCAGUAUUGCAGUCCUUAUUUAAUUCCAUGCCAGCUGCUGCCAGUCUGGUCCACGUGUCAUCAGCUGCAACCAGACUGACUAAUUCUCACACUAUGGGGAACUUCUCUCCUGGGGUUACAGGUGGAACAGUUGGAGGUAUUUUUAACCAUGCGGUGCCUUCUGCCUCCUCUCCUCAUCAAUUUGGAGCCAGUUUCAGCAGCAGUGCUGUCUCUAGCAGCACAGUGCUAAGCUUAAACCCUCUGCAGGCUGUUGCCAGCACCUCAUCCUCAUCCUUCCCACCCCCUUCCUCUAAUUUAGUAACAUCUAGUGAGACUAGAUCUGCUCAGCACCUCAACAGAGCGCCAGUGCAAUCUGUUUUCCAUUCCCCUCCGCCCCCUCCUAACGUUUCCUUGCCCCCACCUCCUCCAUUACUUGCUUCUAACUCCGAGCCUGCGCUUCUGCAGAACCUGCCAUCCAUCCCACCUAGCGACGCUUUUUUGCCAUCCUCUUCUGCCGCUUCUGUCCAAGCUGCUAACGCUUCUUUGUCUAUUAAGCUAGCUUCUCUCCAGCACAAAACCUCCCGCCCCUCCUUUACAGUCCAUCACCCGCCUCUGCCCCGUUUGGCGCUGGCCCAGUCCGCGCCCAUGAUCACGCAGUCCAACGCAGCCGGCACCUCCGCUAUGUGGGUUACACUUGGCAUGCAGUCUCCUUAUGCUUCGCACCUUUCUGGGGUUAAGCCACGAUAAAGAGCUUGCUUAGCUAACAGUUCUUAUUUUGUAAGGUAAGGCUAGAGAACAAAAAAGAGGAGUUUUGUACGAGAUGCUGAAUGAUGCUUCUUCCUUUGCAGAGAUAGGUUGGGGGUGGGCUCUGUGAAACAGAGAAACCUCUAAAAUGUGGGAAGCAAAUGAUCUGAUGGCAGAGGAUGGAGAGUCUUAACGCUCUCUGUUCUGGGAGUCAGGAUUUCUCGACAAGGAGUGCUUGCAAUGGUAACUCUGCUCUGGCUCAUCUGACAUUAGGAUUGUGUUCAGGUUGGGAUCACUUUAUGAAAAUGUUUAUUUCCAAAGAUCAGCAAUCAGGAGGAAAUGUCUAUUUUUAAGUAUGGUUUUAUACACUUACGGGAAGUGGCUGUUGCCUACUUUGAUUCCCCCCUCCCCUCUCCGACGCAGACUGUUGCAUUUCCACAAGCCCAUGUUCGCGUAGCGUUGGGACGCGGGAUGGUGCUGCUUUGUGACUGUACGUGGCAAUGUGGUGGUCUUGUUUUCACCCUCAGCCAACAACAGCUGCUCUAAAUAAUCCUAACGUCAAAAAUCUCUAGGUUACAAGCUGCAGCUUUGUCUUGGAGAGCAAAUGCACUGAUCUUGCGUUGCAGUUAAUGUGCCCCCUGCAUCACUGGAACACACAACCGCAGGUAGCAAAGAGGGGUUGUAAUUUCUCUGUGCACUGCAGCUGUAUCGGACUUGCCUGCUAGGGCUGACAGAAACCACCAGAUGCUGUAUUUAUGCAACCACUGGCUUACUGGGUAGACUGUGAAUGAGAACGCAGGGAAUCUGCAGGGUUAACUGGUCCAUGCUUCAUAAAGGCUGGGGCCGUAGAAGAGAGGAGAGUUUCCGCAGACUGUAUGCGUUUCUACUGAAGCAAGUAUUUAAAUGCCUUUAGAGCAACUCCCGAAUAAAGUGUACCACCACAGAGUUGGGUACUGUUGUUAAUGAAAAUACUCUGUGGCAUCCCGAUGUAACGGCUUGCGCUUGCGAAGUUCAAUCAGUGUGUUAGGCCCCAGAGCUUGCUCCAUGCUUUUCUUGUAGGUCUUUGAUGUUGUUGCUGUUCGCUGAUACCAAAGCUACGUACAAUUUAUGGUUGAAUACUCUUUGCCGCUUAUAAAAACGUAUGACUCAAAUUACAAUAUACCUGAGAGAUUCUUUUGACUGUGCAUUGUGUAUAGUGUCUUCAUCAUCAAACUGCUCCAUGAACAAAUCCUUGUUAGGCUUUUGUGAGGCACGUAAGUAUUAUCUCCGCCCUCCUGUGCAAGAAAGUGAGGCUGAGGAAGAGUUUUGAGUAACGUGGUCCCUGUGUCCCUGUGUGAUGCCGUUACAGAAGGGGCAUGGAACACCCCGAAUAGAAAGAAGACGGGGGAGAAACUUGACCAUGGGAAGUUCCAUCUCAACAUGAGGAGGAACUUCUUUGCUGUGAGGGUGACAGAGCCCUGGCACAGGCUGCCCAGAGAGGUGGGGGAGUCUCCGUCUCUGGAGACAUUCCAACCCCGCCUGGACGCGUUCCUGUGCCACCUGCUCUGGGUGACCCUGCUCUGGCAGGGGCUUGGACUGGGUGAUCUCCAGUGGUCCCUGCCAACCCCCACCAGUCUGUGGUUCUGUGAGAGGGGAGAGGGUUAAGCUCGGGGCCUUGUAUAUGUGAGCAGCUCAAGUGAGAGAAGAGCGUGGAGCCUUCUGCUGAAGCAGUUGCCCUGCCUGGAACUGGGGUCGUAUUGGGCUGGACUCCGUACCAUCGGAUGGGACAGUCCCUGUCACAAAAAAGUUCUGAGUAAAAUAGGCACAAAAGUGACACGCGGAGAAAAGUAGCCGGAUGACAAAGCUGGAUUGUGGAGCAAAGAAGCAGAAAUAACGCUGCCAGGAGACGGUGCGUGACAGACGUACUGUCCCGCUGCCUGUGACUCUUGAGCAUAGGUCAAAUAUUUGAGCAGUUUCACUGACUUUGGUGUGAAUACGGGUGCUCAGAGUCCUUGAUGAACCAGGGUUGAAAUCCGGAAUCAGGGGCUAAACUGAAUUUCUCAUAAUGUUGCUCCCUCAGGUUAAUAAAAAAUUCAAAGCAGGUUAGUGUGUGCUAGAAAAAGGUGAAGUACUGAGUGGAGGAAUAUGUUUUCCCCCCCGACUCGAGGGCCGUCACAGGAGGACAGAGUUCAAUACGGUGACACUGUCAGAAAGCUCUAAAAACUGCAAUAGCCGGGAGGGGCCGUGCGUCACGUGGAGACAUCCUUUCUGUCUAAUUGCGGUUGGGUCGAGAGUUGCUCCCGAGGCCUUGGAGCAAAGUAGAAAUGAUUAACGCAUCUAACGCACAGCAGAUUUUUCUCUUUUAUUUAGAUGAGUCUCUUCCUCUCCUCCUGUUGUGCAGGUAACUAGGAUUUCUACCUCAACCCAAUGUGACCUAUGCAAGGACAACGUGGACCAACUUCACUCGGCUUCCACUGAAAGGUGCUCACCUGGCCUGUGCAGGGGUUUCUACUCUCUUACUACUGGACAAAAUAAAAACAUGAAAAGACCUAAACGACAGAGAAAAUAUUUACUGUGAAUCUGAGUUUAAAAAAAAAAAAAAAGGCAAAAAAAAAAAAAAAAAGGCAAAAGAAAUGCUUAAAGCUCCAGUUUGUAUUGUUGAUAGUUUAGAUAAAGUAUUUAUCUUUUUUUAAAGUGAAAACAAUUUUGACUUAUUUUAUUCCACCUAGAAUCAUAAAUACAACUUAUUAUUAAAUUCUCUGAAUAAUAAAGGACUGGCACACCAGCAGAGACGUAAAGAGCCUCCUCUCGGUGCUAUUUCAUCCGUCAGAACUGUGCCUCUAGUUUGAAUCCUGGUGCUGAAUUCGGAGGGUUGACCAACGCCAAACCCAGUUCUCAGAAAGGUCUGCAGUUUAUUUAUUCAACUUAACUCUGUUCAUAUACCAAAAUCCACCUGGCUGGCAGCGGUGUGAGCUGCAGGGAAAGGCAGUUCUCUCUCGAACGCUUUGUUUUAAUCUGAACUGAGCCAGGCGCUCUGUUAACUGGGUGGGUUUGAAUGGUGUCCGUUCCGAAGGAGGACACGGGGCUCCCCUCUGGAGUGGCAGCUGGAGUCCCUGGGGUGGCCCUGGGCGACUGGGACGGCGCAGGCACAGUCUGAACACAAGAAAUGCAAGUCCUGCCCCAUUGGAACUACUUCACUGGGCCAUUUGCAGUUGCUGGUGGCACUCAAGUCACUGUGAAUUUUGGUAGCUUGCCUGGGAACUGGUUUUGGGAUGUCAUUGGCAUACCAGGGUGCGUAAUCCCUGGUGUUGGUCAGGCCCUUGUUACCGACCUUGGGAAGACUGAACGUCGCGCUUCUGUACUGGUGCAGGUAGCAGAAUUUCUCAGCUUGUUGUUUUCGUUCCAAGUACGAUGUAUUUUGUUAGUAGGGUUUUGAUACUUGAUUCAGAAAUGGCUUGGCCGUGUACAUUUAUUGACAAAAGUGCGUUUUGCUUUUGUAUUCCUUUGCUUUAAGUAGGUCUAAAUGGUAGUUCACAAAAACACCGCAGUCUGGCUUACCGUGCUGCCACGCUAUCAAACUGGUGCAGUUAAUUGUAUUGUGACUUGGUGUUCUGUGUACAGAAAGCGCCGCUCGCGGCAGCGGCUGUAUUUUAUAGAGAUGUGAUGAAAAUUUAUAAAUUUCAUAUACUUUAUUUCAUUUAUUUUUUAGAUUGUACAAUGCACAGUAAACUUGUAAAGACUUAUUUAUUCAAGUGCACAAAGUGAGGAGAAGGAUGAUCCGUUAAGUAGAAAUCACGCUGGUCUGUAGUUCAGCCUGGACCGAGCACCGAUAAAGGAAACUACAGUAAAAGAAGGGGAAUUGCAACAGCAAAAUGACUAGAAGAAAAAUACGUUUAGGUUUGGGGAAACAUCUGCCUGCUGGCCCUGGGCUCGGAGGGGCGGCACUGACCGCUCCGCGUCAGGCGCUCGCUGGCCUCAAAUCCCUUCCAGGUCGCUAGAGCUCCUGAAGGAGUCUCCCACCUCCAGCAAUGGGGCAGUCACCUUAGACCGGAGCCCUGCCCCGCCAGCCCCCUGAUGGAGCAUCCCGCGGGCACAAAAAGCUGGGCAUUUCAGUAAUUGCUGCGUUAAACACGCAGUAGGUGUUUAACUCCUGCCUCUGUGCUUGAAGUCGGCAAGAUACCUCUGCCCUCGGGUGCUCUCUCCUGCUCCCGGGAUCCGGGAGGGAGGGUUGUGAGCGCGAUGCUGGUCGUGUUCUCGAGAGCGGUGGGGGAGAGGUGCCGUAGCAGCCCCCGCCCUCUGCAGACGUCACUUGAGCCCUUUUCUCUUGUACCUCAUCCAUCGUAGUAGAGAUUUAGGACAAAGUGCAGUUAUUUUGUUGAUUCCGAAGCAUGUCUUCCAUAGGCAGCCUUUGUGCGCGGAAACCGUUGAUCUAACCUUGCCGCCUUCUUCACUGGGAAGGGAUUGAUAGCCCUGGAAAUUAGGGACACUUUGGAACUGUUUUCUGCUUGGCGUGUGGGAGAGGACUUGACAGCGGUGCGUCCUGCUGAGUUAUUAACAGCAAGAUGAAAACCUGGAAAAGGCCAAAAAUGCUCAGAGGGUGAGAGCUGAGAAACAUCCAGUAGCUUCUAGUGGAAGCCGUACACAGUUUAUGUCCUGGAAUCCAGGAAGACAAUGUAACCCAGAUGUUUUGCAGCUGGGAGUUGGGCAGCUCCAGCUUCUUCCAGAUCCUUAGGUAACUGGAAGUUGCGGAGCUGCCUUAGCAUCCUUCUCAGCAAGCGGCAGAGCGCUCGGGUCUCGGAAGGCUUUAAAUCGGUCGGCUGUGCCUGAGCAAUUGCUGGAGGGGCAGCAGCCUUAAUUGUGUCUCCCCCCUACUUUUAUACCCCCGGUGAGAGAGGUGAGCAAAUACAAGUAGAAGCUUUACUUCCCCUGCUUUUAUCAGAUCCUUUUCUGAAAAGGGACCAAGAUACGGUGCUCCGUGGGCCUCUUGUGCCCACCCUUUCAUCUGAAACCACAGAAGACAUCCAACGAGAGAACUCGGCCGCCAUCCCUUUCUCCGUAUGGGGAAGGUUCCCUGCUGCUCACACCCAAGGUGCUCACAGGACACGGCCAAAGAUGUCCUGUUUGGAGGAGGAAGCGAUGUCCAGAGCUCUGUGGAACCUGCUGUGCUCUCCGACACCUGCUGGAGGCCGGUAUCGCCCCGCUGCUGCCGGGGAUGGCCAGGUCCUUGCUGCAGGAAUGACUUGCUUUGCCCCGAGGUUCACAGCGUGUCAGGAAUCGGUGUCUGCGGAGCAAGACAGACAAGGAUUAGUGGUGGACUUUGUAGUGUCAGGUUUACGGUUGGACUCGAUGAUCGUAAAGGUCUUUUCCAACCUAAAUGAUUCUAUGACCCCUCUGAACAAAGGCCCCAGGCAAGGAGUUUGUCAUCUUCUCGCUGCUGGAUGUUGUGGAAAAGCAAAACCCCCUCUGUCCCGCAGUGUCCCCUGUGGUAGCGGGUGCCUUGGCGAUGGGUGGUCACCUGGGGUCUGUUGCAGGACUUGCUCAGGAGCAGCCACCCGGGAUGGGCUGCACGAGCCGCUCAGCACGCGUGCGCUAUCAAGGCAUUUUCAAUGACCCAACAUUUUGGAGCCUGUGACUCUCCAGCUGUCAGCUGGGAAGGCCAGAGGAAACCAGACGCUGACCCAAGAACAAACGUGUACUUGGGACGUACUUGAAAGGGAUUUGGCCUGCUGGCCAACCUGCUGAGCAUCUGCUUCAGCCUCCCGGGGUCCGCUGGGACCGGGCCUUCAUCUACCUCUGCAUCGCCUCAGUGCUGUCAUUCCCAGUGACCUGACGUUUCCAUCUUGGCAGCCCAUGCUGCAGGAGCCUGGGGCUGCUCUGGCCUGGCCAGUGUCUUCCACCCUGGCCUGACCCCGUUGGCACCUUCGCCUUGUGAUCCCCACUGAGAUGUGCUUCCAGGAGCUAACGCUUGGAGGGAGCAGCGGGAGAUGGGACGCCAGGCGAGUGCUGGUUUUGGACCGAUGUCUUAGUGUUGCGUUAGCUGGGAGAUGUCGCCAAGAGAUUUGUGUUGUCGUCUGCCCCACUCCCUGAUCUUUUAUCGCUUUACCAUGAUCUUGAGCAAGUUCAACUUGUUUCUCCUCUGUCUGCAACCCGGGGAGAGCCUUUACCUCGCUGUAGGGCUGUGGAAGGAGCAGCUCUUUGAGAUGUGAAGAUCUGAUCCAUAUGGCUACAAGAACAAGACCCUCGUGACACUACUGUAGGAGCGCCCUGCCAGAGGUCUGAAACCUGUUUUCAAUAAUUGGGAGAUACUUUUGAGUAAUCAAAGCCAAACAGCCAGUUCCAAAAAGGAAUUCCUUCUGUGUUACCACAUCCUGCCGGGUCCAGUCCUUUCGUGGCUGUCACACGUGUUCCCUCUCCUCCACGCCGCCGCUGCCAGCGAGGGACUCAUCAGGAAGCUAAAAUACAUCUUGUAGCGUGUACGUUGCCAAAAAAAAUUGGAACUUCCUGAGCGUUGUGCUGAGCAAAACCUGUGCCCCGCUGCUAAAUGUCAGCCCUGGGGAACGAGCCUCCUGCGCUCUUCCUUUUUUGGUGAUUCGCUACCUCUGGCUGGAGCUUCUCGGGUCGGGUCCAUCGAGACCCACCGUGCUGUGAAGCUGGGAGAGCUCCAAGAGCACUGAACCGAAACUCCCCGUCUGCUGCCGAUUAGUCACUCGGCAACAAUCCCUCCGUUAGCCAGGGGCUGUGGGGCACCCAGCAGUCACAUCUCGCCGCUGUGCAAGGGGGCUGAAGGAGAAAGCGGCCGGGAGAGGUGGAGGGUUGGGCUGCUGAACCCGAGCUGGUGUGCAGGGUGACGACGGGGAAGUCGAGCUGUCCCGGUGUCACCUCUUGUUUUGGGGCGAAGAAGGCUGUUUCCUUUAGGAAGGCAUGGAUCGGGCUGGACAACCGGAAUGAUGGGAAGCAUCUUCACCCCUCCUCUUCCGGUUGUGGGUGCAAUAGGAGAGAGGUGGAGCUGCUUUUUGGAGAAGCUGCCGACAACAGGGCUGUAGCCCAUCCUAGAUGUAUGUGACACUUGGAGACAGAGCGCUGCCUCCUACUAAUUUCUUCUAAUAGCAGGAACUCCUGUCUCCUUGGCCAAAGAAGUAUUUUUUUGUGCUCCCGUCUCAUGUCCUUCCUUGCUCGUGGCGAUAGCCGCUUUAUCUUUUAGCGCAUGGUUUGUGGUCACCCUGCUGUUGGCGGGGGUUUGGCUCGGCUCGGCUCGGCUCAGACUGGGUGGUGAACCCCGAGUUCCCCCGGUGCCAGGACUCACUGGUGGGAUGGGGAUGUGGGGAUGGAGAUGAGCUUGUAGGGUCUGGAUCUGCGAUUGAACCUACAGCCGCUGGAGUACCCCGGGCAGGAAGGUUGUAUCACUUGGUCGUGAAGGGAUCUACCAGUCACUGGUUUUGUGACUCAAGAGCUUUAUGCUCCUCAGCCUGACACUCACCCACCUGUUCGUCACAUGUUGAAUCUCAAGUCAAAGUGUUGAGUAGCUUUUUUCUGUCUUUGGUCAAACUUAACCAAGCGAGUAACUUCUUCGCUUGACAUCUGCUGAGCAGAUGGGUUUCAGGCUUGAUAAGCUCUUCCAUUGCAUCCAACUCUAACAUCUCCAAAGGGAGCAUUGCCUCCAUGCUGCUUGGCCAUCGUGGCGGGUCGGGAUUGACGGCGUGGCUCGGUGCAGCGGGGUCCGGCGUGUGGCUGCCUGUAGGUGCCUGCCCUCACCCUGCUGGGGACAAGAGUUUCCUUCUGAGAGGCACUGGUGACACUUCUUCCUCAGCCCCCUUCUUCGGGGGUUGGACCAGACGACCUUUAAAGGUCCCUUCCCACCCAGGCUGGUCUAUGAUUCUCCGUGCAGACUUAGCUGGGAUUGUCGCUUUGCCUCGGAAGAUAAAUGGGAGGUGGGUGUGAGCCAGACCUUCCUCUUCUGCUUCUCUUGGGGUGCAGAUUCAUCCCGGACGCGGUAGGGCCACAACGGCGUUUGCAGGUUGGGUGCUCCACACCAGGGUGGAUGUACUCCCCACGGUGACCGCGUUCUGCCUCACCCCAGCCUUCCUGCGGAGGAGGCUCCGUCUUCCCGCGGCUCCGUCUUCCCGCGCUGCUGGGCUUCCCCUGCUGGGAGAAGGUCUUUACUCUGGAGUGACGAGGCCAUGGACAGGCAGCUUGGGGUUGUCUCCAGGGGACCCUCGUGGUUUGAUUCUUGCUAGGAUUGUGUAUUUAGAAAGCAACAUCUGCUCCCCACCCCCCCCCCCCCACAACCAUUAUUUUUCCACUUGGAGGAGGGUGGGAGCGGAGGGGGCUGAGCAGGGGAGAGCAUCAGUGGCUGCAGAGCUGGUAUCUGCCGUGGGGCAGGGGGCAGAGUUGGCUCUUGUUCAGGUGAUGGUUUUUGGUGGGACACAGAGUCACUGGCAGCAGUUUGAGGGCCACCAUGCACUUCCAUCUAUGGCUUUAUUCAGAGGGCCCACCUUUUUGGGACUCCUGUGGCCGCGCCGGUGGCCCCGGCACAAGGAGCUGUGGGACCUGUGCCCUCGUGAUGCUCCUGCAGCAGGGACUCGUUGCUGUGGGCAGCAGGGUGGCUCUGCGGACCCAGGGCCGGGGCGGGGUGCAGGAUGGGACCUUUACAUGACACAAGGCUGCUCCAUCAGCCCGGGUCCCCUGCCCCACUCCAGGUCUUGCCGCAUUGCUGGGAGAGGAGACGUCCAGCGCCGGGAGCUUGUUCUCAAGCUGCUGAUGGUGACUCCGCUCCCGGCGGGGACUUCCCCGUCUCCUUCCUUCCCCGCCGGGUCCGGGGUUGGUGCUGAUCACCCCGAGCACGAGUAACAACCGCGGUCCCUCGCUGGGGCCGAUGGCAGAGGAGCCCUUCGUUAGGACUCGGCGAUGUUGUCCUAGCGCCGACGUUGGGCGGCUUGGGUCGAUCACGUCCUUUGUAUCAGCCGUUUGCUUUCUGGGCUGCAAUCAGUCCUGAAUACGACAGGGUAGGGAAACCCGACCGUUGUUGGGGUUUGGUUUGCUCUGGGAGGGAGUUGCCCCAGCUCAGGGGGGGCCUGGCCGGGGAAAUUCUGCUGCUCUUGGUUUGCCUGAGCCAAAGGCGUGAAGCGGUGGAGCAUCGGGAGCUCGGGGGCGACGGUGUCGUCAGCCCCGGGACGGCCGUUGUACGGCGGGCGGCGAACCAACAGGAACGGCUCUUAAAAAUCACAGUUUGGGGGGAGAAGAAACUAGACAGUGUUUUUGUGAACUAUCUUUGCAGCACUGAGGAAAAAAAAAAAAAAAAUAAAAAAUUGCAAGAAUUGGCUUUUUUGGAAGCGCAGAUGUGUGGUCAGCGGGCGAGUAUUUGAAGUUUUAUGGCUGUUAUAAGUUGGUUUGGUUUUUUUCCCCCUCCUUUCUUUGCUCCAACACUUCCGUAGCUUGCAUAUCAGGUUUUCACUGAAAGACGGAUUACCAGUUUUUAAAAAUGUUGUUGUGCCAUAUUUUAUUUAUCCUUAUGCAUUAUAAAUAUAUAAAUAUCUAUUUAGUCUGAACAUUGCAAUAAAAGUUGCUGUUAUUGUGAACUUCAGGGUUUAAACCCGAGACAAAAGAAAAAAAUGGGAAACGCUUCUCCCGGAUAUUUGCUGUUUGCGACUCUCUUUCGGAAGAGGUUUCGGAAGUUUUUUUUUUUAUCGUUUAAAAUACAAAAUCACAUCUUAAAAUUCAAAGCUUGACGCUGUUGACCCUGAAGUUCUCAAGUUUGUGAUCCUUUGGGUUUUCCGUGGUACAUCUGGCGGCUUUUCGGGUGCAGUCGAAUCAUUCGCGAGCAAGGUCUCGUUUCUGGCGUUGCUGAGGUGGCAGUGGGUCGGUCCAUCCUGCUUGGCUUUUUUGUUUUAACCUAUUAAUUGUUGAAGCGAUCCAUUUCCAAUUAAAAAAAAAAAAAAACCAACUUUUUAGGUCUCUGUUCUACUUAAAACUUUUUAGGAGUGAGCGCCUGCCCUCGCUGAGUGGGACUUCGAUGGGGAAAGCGGUAGAUUAUGAGGUUGCUGUUGCUCAGGAAUUGAUUAGUAAACUUUUAACUACUAAUAAAAAUCCAUUUUUCAAUGGAUUUUUUAAAAAAAAAAACAAACCCAUUUUCUUAGAACAGUGAUAUGGGAUGUUUCCUAGUGAAUAGGAAUUAGUUUAUAUAAUUUAGCCUAUUAAACUGAAUUAUUUAAAAUUCAAACUUCCCCUAAUUUAUCUUUUUUUUUUUUUUUGGU